UCUCCAUCGGUCCCUCUCUCCUCCCGUCACACGUCCCUCCAUCACGGCAGCUUUGGAGGCGUUGUGCAGGUAUCAAGAGCGACGAAGACCUGUUUGGGCGAGGACGAGGACGAGGAAGCACCGCAGAGCGUGACGUCAGCGACGACUGCUUCAUCGUGCUGGACUCCAAGAGGUACGAGGGGGAGGCCCCACCACUGCCCCCGCCCACGGUGCUGGGGUCGUUCUCUGUGGACAGCGAGAAGAACAUUCUCUACGACAACUCCAUGAUGCCCGUAUUGAGUCAAAAGUACAUUCCGGACGACGAAUUUAUGAAGGUGGAUAUGGACCUCAAUCGGGGAUGGCACAGAGUCAAUACCUUCACAGGAACGUCAUCUGAUGGCUUCAGACAUCUCCUUCAGUGGAUUCUUAAAAACCAGGAAAAAGUUAAAGCCAAAGAUUCAUCAGACAGACUGGCGGCUGACUUUGUGUGCUCAAGGAGAAUGCUGAAACAAAUAAUGCAGGCCCCGUAUACAAACCCAAAGCACAUGUAUGCUGAGUGGAGGAUAUUAGUCAAAUAUUUCAAAGGAACAAUAUACUUGACAAGUGAGGUUCCAGAGAAGGAGAAACACAAGGACAAGGAAGGACCCAGCAGCCUCCCGGAGAUUUAUGGCCCAAAGUUUGAGCAGUACAUGACAGGAGGGGAUCCUGAUGAUGUCCUGGAAACUGACUGUCAGUUCCGGUGUGUGCUGCAGCUGCACUUGAACGAGAUGUCGCUGCUCUUUGCCCCAGACAUGGAUGCAGUGGACCCAACACGCCACAAGGAAGACUUUAAGGACCUGGACAGCUUUGUGAGACUGAAAACACAGUCCGAUACAACAUAUCCACCUCAUUAUUAUAUAUAUCAGAAGUAUUUCCUGAACAAUUGGUGGACUGAAAACAAGUUAACAGGUGUCCCAAGGCUUCUGGUAGGCAAAAGGAACCGUGAUGGAGUGGUGCACACACUGCAGAUGCUACAAACAGACGACAUGCCUGGGUUGGCUGAGGGGAAGUGGCAACCAUCCGUAUGCAUCAAUGUCUUGGACAAGUUCCUCAAUUUUGUCAAAAGAAGGGUGGUUGCAGAACCUGACGUGGUUCAUUGCUUUGAGAAGUCUGCUCCGCCACGCCGUGACAUCCGCCACUACUGCGACCCCAACCUGGAAGACAUCCUACCCAACUGGUACAAACAGAAGCUCUUCAACACACAAGAUGAAGAGAGUGACUGCAGCGGUGGUAGUAGCUAUGUGUCAUUGCCCAGUAAACUUAUUCAGCCGCAAGUCUCAAGAGUCGAGAACAUGUCACAGUCACGGCAGCACCAAGAACACUGGCGCCAGAGGGACAAGUAUGAAGACUUUUUGCCCUCACGGCAGCACCAAGAACACUGGCGCCAGAGGGACAAGUAUGAAGACUUUUUGCCCACACGGCAGCACCAAGAACACUGGCGCCAGAGGGACAAGUAUGAAGACUUUUUGCCCUCACGGCAGCACCAAGAACACUGGCACCAGAGGGACAAGUAUGAAGACUUUUUGCCCUCACGGCAGCACCAAGAACACUGGCGCCAGAGGGACAAGUAUGAAGACUUUUUGCCCUCACGGCAGCACCAAGAACACUGGCGCCAGAGGGACAAGUAUGAAGACUUUUUGCCCUCACGGCAGCACCAAGAACACUGGCGCCAGAGGGACAAGUAUGAAGACUUUUUGCCCUCACGGCAGCACCAAGAACACUGGCGCCAGAGGGACAAGUAUGAAGACUUUUUGCCCUCAUGGCAGCACCAAGAACACUGGCGUCAAAGGAGCGACGAAGAACUGUUUGGGCGAGGACGAGGACGAGGAAGCACCGCAGAGCGUGACGUCAGCGACGACUGCUUCAUCGUGCCGGACUCCAAGAGGUACGAGGGGGAGGCCCCACCACUGCCCCCGCCCACGGUGCUGGGGUCGUUCUCUGUGGACAGCGAGAAGAACAUUCUCUACGACAACUCCAUGAUGCCCGUAUUGAGUCAAAAGUACAUUCCGGAUGGCGAAUUUAUGAAGGUGGAUAUGGACCUCAAUCGGGGAUGGCACAGAGUCAAUACCUUCACAGGAACGUCAUCUGAUGGCUUCAGACAUCUCCUUCAGUGGAUUCUUAAAAACCAGGAAAAAGUUAAAGCCAAAGACUCAUCAGACAGACUGGCGGCUGACUUUGUGUGCUCAAGGAGAAUGCUGAAACAAAUAAUGCAGGCCCCGUAUACAAACCCAAAGCACAUGUAUGCUGAGUGGAGGAUAUUAGCCAAAUAUUUCAAAGGAACAAUAUACUUGACAAGUGAGGUUCCAGAGAAGGAGAAACACAAGGACAAGGAAGGACCCAGCAGCCUCCCGGAGAUUUAUGGUCCAAAGUUUGAGCAGUACAUGACAGGAGGGGAUCCUGAUGAUGUCCUGGAAACUGACUGUCAGUUCCGGUGUGUGCUGCAGCUGCACUUGAACGAGAUGUCGCUGCUCUUUGCCCCAGACAUGGAUGCAGUGGACCCUACACGCCACAAGGAAGACUUCAAGGACCUGGACAGCUUUGUGAGACUGAAAACACAAAAAGAAUUUAUAGGAAAAUAAAGAAUGCGAAACUAUAGGAAGUAUGCCCUGAACACCAGGUGGGUUGAAAACAAAAUAGCCGGCAUCCCAAGGCUUUUGGUAGGCAAAAGGAACAAAGAUGGAGUGGUGCACACACUGGAGAUGCUACAAACAGAUGACAUCCCUGGUUUGGCUGAGGGAGAGUGGGAACCCUCAGUGUGCAUCAAUGUCUUGGACAAGUUCCUCAAUUUUGUCAAAAGAAGGGUGGUUGCAGAACCUGACGUGGUUCAUCGCUUUGAGAAGUCUGCUCCGGCACUCUAUGAAAUCCGCCACUACUGCGAUCCCAACCUGGAAGACAUCCUACCCAACUGGUACAAACAGAAGCUCUUCAACACACAAGAUGAAGAGAGCGACCGCAGCGGUGGUAGUAGCUAAAGAACACAGGAUAAUAUGUCUCAUAUAAGCAGCCUUGAGAGCUAAGCCCCAAGAAACAAGAAAGUGCUGUUGAUCAGGGGAGUGGACUCCUAUAAUCGGUUCACCCGAGUCUGAAGUGUGCAUUAUCGCGGAACGGCAACCUGCAGCCACACGGCGUGUGCGAUUUCGUGGACACUGUAUGCUAGCCUAGGCGUAGUAAACAGUCGUCAGUGUCCGUAAUAUGCAGGCAGCAAUAACAAAUACCGUCAAUUAUAGUCGAUUAUGAGUUAAAAAAUAUUAAUGUCGCAAAUAGCUGUUUUGGUAAUUCACAAGAUCGCUGAUUAUGAUUAAACAGCCUUGAAGCUGUCCACCACCGAGAAAAAAUUAUCAGGCUUUAUAUUACCAAAACAGCUAUUUGCGACAUUGACAAUAUUUUCUUAACUCAUACUGGACUAUAAUUGACGGUAUUUGUUAUUGCUGCCUGCAUAUUAUUGACACUGACGAAUGUUUACUAUGCGUAGGCUAGCAUACAGUAUCCACAAAAUCGGACACGCCGUGUGGCUGCAGGUUGCCGUUGCGCGAUAAUGCACACUUCAGACUGGGGUGAACCGACUAUAGUUAUAUAAUCCAUUAUUGCCCAAGACCCUUGCUUUGGCUGUGUCUGCUACACCAUUACUGGCAACUCAAAAGGGUUCCAUACCUUGUCAGAGGUUUAAGAUCAUACAUUGGCCAUUAAAUUUACAAGGAUUUCAUGUGUUCAGUUUAUCUUCUUUUUUUCCUUCAGAUAUUUUUUUGUUAGUUUUUUUCACGUAUUUGAUUCAGGCUGAAACUUUGAAGUAGAGAAUAAACUGGGAAUAUUUUCUUCAGACAAGGACCAUUAAUCUUAGACCAAUGAUAGAUUAUGGAAAAUUAUUUAGUGUCGGUGACGAUGUAAUGGUCUGCCAGUGUUAGGGUCAAGGCAAGAGGAUGGGUGAAUGUGUAGUGUAAGUGACUGUAACCCAAUUUACUUGGUAAUUAUUUUUUUCAUUCUAGUACUUUUAUGCUAUUUAUAUGCAUCUUAGAUUUUUCUCUUCAUCCCUCUUGUUUAAUGAUCAAAUUCAUAAUGAUUAUCACAAGUGUAAACUUGUAUGUUUUCAGUUUAUGUAAGACAUUGAAGUUAUAUAAAUUUUGUUGAUU